GGACCACGAAUAAAAUUCUCAGCAACAAAUUCGCGACGGGAAAAAAUACAUAAAAAUCUAUUAGAAAAUAAAUACGCGUAAAAUAGAAUUAUCAAGGCGAAGCAAAAAAAAAAAUACAAUAAAAAAAUAAAUAGAAAAAUAAACGGAAAAAAAGCACGGAAAAUCUGAAUGAAAGAACUUUUUCGACAACUUCCCCCGACGGUGCUAAUGUGCAAAGUUUUGUGUUUUCAUCAGCAGCAACGUUAAGAGAAGCGGGAAAAACAAGCAAAGAAUUCACGGCAAAUUAUUUAAAAAGAGUGUGCGAACAGACGGGCGACGACAUCGUGCCCUGGAGAAUUUAACAGCAAUAACACCGGAAAAGAAAAUAAACCACCAGAGGGAAUAGUCUAGAAAAGUCCGAAGGACCGCAAGCAGUUCAAGCGACUACGAAAUGCCGUUUGUGACGCCCCGUGCGGGGACGAGCAGUGCAAGCAGUGCGCCCGGCGGACGCACCACAUUCCGUCCGCCAUGGGUUAAGGACGACGGCGGCACCACUGCCACCAGCAGCACCACAAAGCCCACUGCCACACCGUGGGCGAAGAAAACAGCGACGACAACGACCGCCACUCCGACGACCAAGGAAAAUGGAGAGAAGUCCACUGCAACCAAGCCAAAGGCAACUGCUACUACCACGGCAGCCGCGAAGAAAACCCCGACCACUGAACCGGCCAAGAAGGCGGCAGAGCCUGUAAAGAAAUCUUCACUGGCCACAAGCACAACUGCGACCAAGAAGACACCGGAACCUGUAAAUACCAAGAAAGCACCGGAGCCAGUCAAGAAAGUGGCGCCCACCGUGGGGCCCAAGAAGCCAGUAGCCACCACUUCAGCGCUUAAAAAGAAGAAGGAGCCGACACCACCACCCGAAUCCUCCUCCGAGGAAGAAGAAAGCGAGGAGGAGGAAGAGACCGAAGAGGAGACCGAGUCUGAAGAGGAGGAAAGCGAAGAGGAGAGUGAGUCCGAAGAGGAGGAGAGCGAGGAGGAAGAGGACACCACCGUGGACGAGAAGGUGCCCGAGCACGUGAAGAAGGCGGCCCAACUGCGACCCACCACUGUCAACAAGAAGCCGGAACCGGAAAGUGAGUUGAGCCAACGUUUUACCGUGGAGAAACCCAAAUUACGCAGCGUGGUGGUCAAGCGGGAUAAGUCCUUGAAAAAGAUGGCCACCGAGGACGACGACGAGGCUGAGGAGGGCGAAACGGAGGAGGAGCGCGACCGGCGGCGCCGUUUUAAAUUGGAGAAGCCCAAGCUGCGGCACGUCAAGCGCGAGGAGAAGCCAUUGCCCAGCAAGAGCACCGACGACCUGGCCAAAAUCCGGCCCGUGCUCAAGAAGGUACCCAAGAUCGAUGAGCUCCUCAAAGAGCCGAAAGAGGAGCCCAAGCCCGAGUUCACGACCAAGACCCUACGCAAAGCGUCCAUUAAGCGCGAGCCGAGCAUCAAGAGCGUUCCCGCCCCGCCGCCGCUGCCCUCGCUGGUGCCCAAGGCCCCGCCACCGCCGCCCCCGCCCCUAGCCCCCGGCGAGAAGAGAGUGCUCAGCAGCACACAGAAGGAGACCCUCGAGAAGCUCAGGACUCGACCCCGAAGGCGCCCCGACUGGUCCGAGAUGAUGAAGGAGGUGGAGAGCGGCAAGAAGCUGCGCCAUGUGGCCUGCAACGAUAGAUCUCAGCCCAUCCUGACGUGCAAGUCGAUAACCAAGCUGGACGACAAGUUCAUCUACGAGACGGAGAAGGGCAACUCGCACAACAAGCUGCUCAAGCAGAUCCAGGGCGGCAUCAAGUUGAAGCCAACCAAGACCAAUGAUCGCAGCAAGCCGGUGCUAGACGGUCUGCGCAAGUUCCGCCGACAGAUGACCAUCGAGGAACAGCUGCAGAAGUCGCAGUCCAAGAUCAACAUGCUCAGCGAGGCGCCCAGCAGCCAUGCGCUCGGACCGGGCAGUGCCACGGCCUUGGGAGCCGGCGGAUCACGGCCCAGCAUCGUAUCGGCCAUGUCCAUCGACGAGGAGAGUCCCGACGAGCUGGAUGACAUCGACAAGAUCCGCGACGAUCUGCAGAGCACCAAACAAAUGCUGGCUCUGGAACUGCGCAACCGCGAGGCGCAGGAUCGCGAGAACAAGAAGCUGCUGGCCAAAAUCCGCACCCUAGAGACCGAACUGGAACGGGAGAAAUCACGCGAAAAGAAUCUCGAGUACGGAUCCAAUGUGAUUGUGGCCACCAUGGAUCCCACGCCCACCGCCGAACAGACCUACGUCAACUCCCUAAAGCGCGAAGUGGAGGACGCACGCAAGGUGUCCAAGGAGGUGGAGCAGAACUAUCAGAGCACCGCCGAGCAGCUGGUGGAGGCCAAGACGGAAAUCGAGGAGCAGCGCCGCCAGAUUCAGUUGCUCGAGCGCAAGCUAGCAGCAGCUCUGCAGGCGACACCAAGCACUAACAGACCGCACAUUAGUAAUUGCUUUGCUUACGACGACGACGACUACGACGAUUGCUUCCACUACGACCACUACCAUGCAGCACGGCACCAGGGCGGUGGAUCCUUAGACGGGUCGCGUCGACCCAGCGAUGCCAAUUUCGGAAGGGAUAGCUCGCCGGAACUGGAGCCUGAGGUCAGCGAAAGCGAUCCUGAUGAGCCGGAGGAGAAGAAGGUGGAGCGCAGGGAGCGUCGCUCUGGCAAGGAGUUGAAGAUCCUGCGCAGCAAGCUCACCAAACUGAAGGUCAAGGAGGAGGCGGCCAAGAAGGAGAAGGACGCCCUUAAGCAAGCCAUGAAGAAGAACCAGGGGAUCCUCAAGGAGGAGAACAAGAAGUUCAAGAAGCUGGAGAAGGAGGUGCAGAAGAUGGCUGCCUCCAUGAAGCUGGACGAGGACGAUGUGGACGGCGAGGAGAAGGACGAGGACGAGGAGGAGGCCGAGGAGGAGCACGCCAGCGAGGAGGAGGAGGAAUCCGACGACGAGUCCGAGGAGUCCGAAUCGGAGGAAAGUGAAGCGGAGACGGGCAGCGAGUCCGAGCCAGAGGACUCGCCCAACUCCGCGAAGAAGGCGAAUGUGGAGCCGCGGGUGAAGAAGCACGAGAGCCGGUUCGCGGCGAUGAAGAAGUGCAAUGUGCUGCUCCAGGCGAACGUCGACAAUUUGCAGGAUCAAAUUGUGCAGGUGCGAUCGCGGGCCACCAAUCUGCAGGACGAACUGGACGCGGUUAUUGCCGAUUUGGGCUUUUAGUCCUUCAGCUUGUCUUCCGUUUCUGUUUCCGUUCCUUGCUCUGUUUUUUUCGAGUGUGUGUGCUUCGAGAAUAUAAACAUAAACAAUAAUAAACAAACAAACAAACGAAAAA